GGGGUAAAUGUAGAAUUUUAUAUUGACCUUUAUGAGAGAUGGCAAAUGUAUGUGGGAGGAGCCAAGUUGUUUUCCAAUGAAUAUUCUGGAAAGAGGAGGACUUGCGGAAUGGUUCCAUCGCGACAUCACUCAUGUAGGACCUCUCGUCGCUGCACAUAUGCGAGCAUCCUCAGCAUCACUGCGGCUUUGUCAAACCUCUCUUCUGUCGUGUGUGUUGCGAUGAAGCUUGCUUGUGGCUACAGUGAGGAAAGGAACCGUCUUCGCCUCCAGGCCAGAGAGCAGAGGAACCAGGAGACAAGCCAAGCCAAGAAACACCAUGCUGAUAAUGUGCCACUAUUUGGUGAACUAUACAGACCAGACAAAAGGGAGGAUGCCCUUUCCAAUAAAAUCCGGAUGCUAUUAGGCAGUUAUGAAGAUGGUAACAGUAGCAAUCCCCCGACAGCUGAGCCUUUACUGAUUCCUUUUCAUGGGAACUUCUCACGGCCAGUCCAGCCUCUGCCCCACAGUCAAAGUGCAUCCACCAGUAACAGCAUUUCCUCUCAGUCUACUUCCACUGCUAUUUCUGACCACUAUGGAAAUGGAUCCAUAUUGCCAAAGACUGAACUCAACCAGUUGCCCACGCAGCAACAAACUAUCUCAGAUCUCAGGGAUCGUCCUCAGGCAGUUGCUGAGGCGCCAUCUUUUCUACCCACAAAAGAGUGUGAAAACAUAGAGAAUAAUGCCAUUCAUCAUAAGGACAGGCUGGUCUUGCAACACACUCAAGAAUCUACAGACAGCCGCUCUGCCAUGGAGAUUUCUCCUAAAGAGGGACCUCUGCCAAGAUCCAGCAAAAGUAACCCACUUCUCCAACAAACGUUUGCGUCCCUGUUGUCGUCAAAGCAGCCAAGUUCCGUCAUGACCCAGAAGCCCACGGCAUAUGUGCGGCCUUUGGAUGGUCAGGACCAGACAGUCAAUGAGUCGCCUGAUCUCAAGCCUCCUCCAGAGCUGAUCGAGCCAUUACAAGACUCCACCAUGGAGCAUGUGAAGUCGGAGAUGUUGCUUCAUUAUUUGGAGACAAAGACAGAUGGAGCCAUUUGUGUGGAAGACAUCUUAAGGGAACUGAUCCAUCCAUGGCCUCCUCUCCUCACACCCAUACACACAAUGUUUAAGGAGGAACCUCAGUCCCCAGCCAUACCUAAGGAAGUGAAAGAUGUUUCUGCGUGCCCAGGGCAAAAAAUCAGCGUGUGCACUGCAGAAAAUCCACCUGUGCUUGUCGUUCAAAGCUCUUCAUCCAAGGGCGAGUCUGCAAGUUCCAGCGAGUCAGAGAGCUGCUCGAGGUCUGAGUCAGACAGCGAAAGUGUCACCGCGGACCCCCAAGCUCCUGCGGGUGGCUCAACCACUGAGGUGGGUGCACCAGCUGUGACCCAUGGCAACUGGCAGCUGGGGAACUGGAUCAGGUCCAGCCAACAGAGUUCAAGCAGCAAAUACCAAGGAGGUGCACGUGUUUCCAACAGCUCCCAGGACACUCUCCAGCCCUCCUGUAGCGAGUCGGUCGUUCCCUCGAAGGAAUCUCAGCUUUCACCUCACAGUGGCAACAAGUCAAAUCCCAAAUACUGUGCUGAGAGCUCCGGCCAGAGCCGUGAAGCGACUCUGGAGCCCCCCCUGGCGGAUAUGAGUGUUCAAGCCAGUCAGGUCCUCACAGGGAAGGCGGUUUGUUCCAGUAAAUCUGCAGCGGCUGUCAGUGUCAAAUCUGCGGAAAUUGCACCGGCAAAAGGAGACCUCCCCUUCACUGACAGACCAAAAGUGAAAACGGAAAUCUCUCACCACAGGAAGAGCAGCAACACAGACAGAUCCAAGGAUCUCAAUAAGAAAAGAACGGAUCAGAUAUCCCCACAUUGUCCGACUUGUGUGGUGAGGUUUCCUGACACCUGCUCCUGCUUCAUUAAAUCCGAGCCCUCGCCAGGCAGAGUUGGUAAAGCUAGGAGGAAGGAGAACGGCACAGGUGCACCUCUUAAGGAUCCCUGCUCCCUUGGCCAUAAGGACAGAAAGAAGGGUAGACAUGAGAAAAAAGAAGCUCAGAGUUCUUCACGACCGCCUUUUUCUUUGGUGGUGAAAAUUGAUCUCAGUCUGCUGUCCAGACCACCCUGUGCCUCCAGGGUGGCUGAAGAGAAGCCCCUCUGCACAGAGAGGACAGGUGCAGGACACGACGUCGGCAGCGUGAAGCGUCACAGACACGGCAGCAGGAAGUCCUCUGCUGAAACGGUAGAUAUAAAUGUUAAGGCGAAGAAAAGAAAAUUGGAAACUAAAAAGCCCACACCAGCUGUGAAGCAGGAAAGCUCCUGCAGAGCCACUGAAAGUCAGGAGCCAAAGAAGCUCAAGAAAAGUCACAUGACUCCUCCAGCAGUCAAGAAGGUAUCAAAGCAUGUCAAGCGCCGGUCAGAAGAGACUAAAGAAGCUCUGGAGCCUAGCAAAAAGAAAAGUGGAACGCAAGACCAAACACAGAAGCAGUCCUCCAAGAAAAUGUCUGGAACGUGCAUGCCACUGCUCAGAUUCGAAGACAGGCUGCACUCGGUAAAGCAUUACAUCAAAGAGGCCAAGAGACUGAAGCACAAGGCCGAUUCAGAGUCGGACAAGCUCAGUAAAGGGUUCAACUACCUGGAUGCAGCCAUGUACUUUGUUGAGAGUGGCAUCGCCAUGAAGAAGGACCCGCAGAUUUCGCUGUCCUCCCACACAAUGUUCGCCGAGACAGUGGAACUGCUCAAGUUUGUUCUGAAACUGAAGAGCUCCUGUGAUCUAUCGCCCUCAGAGAAGGAUUUCAUUGUUCUCUGUUUGAGGUGCCAGGCUCUCCUGCAGAUGGCGAUGUUUCAGCACAAACAGAAAACCGCACUGAACUACUCCAAGACCCUGGCUUACCACUUCAGUACCUCUGCUCACUCAACACAGGAUCCUUCAGCAACCUUCAGGGGCACCAACACUCCGUCCCCGCUGCCCAGCGCGCCGUCCCCUGCGGCAUCCACCGGCUUCACGCAGAGCGGCUCGGGCCCCGCCUUCGCCGUGUCCAUCCCCCAAACCAUCGGUCAGAUGACGGUCGCCUACGUGAACAUCACCGCCUUGUGUCUGAGCGCUCACGACAUGUGGGAGCAGUCGGAGGAGCUGGCGAAGAAGGGCAGCGGCUUGCUCUCAGAACUGGACUCUGCCGUGGGCCCGCUGACGCUGACCUCCAGUGUGAGCUCCAUGGUGCGCUACACCAGGCAGGGCGUGGCCUGGUUGAGACUCAACAACAACAACAACAACAACAAACGGGUAAAGUGACCCUGGCGGUCUGCUCACGCCCGAUAUCCUCUUCAGACGCACGGCACUUGCACUCGCGACCAACAGAUGCCUCAUGUGCCUUGGAAAAUGUCGACCGCCUCCUCACUGGACUCAGUCAUUUGUUGGCAGCGAACUUCCUUUUCUGUGAAUAUUGAUAUCAUUUGCACUUUACACAAGUGGAGCGGCCAUCUUGGCAGUCACGUGUCCUUCCUUCUAUCAACUUCCAUCAGCACUUACGCUGACUGUGGCGCAGAGAAAGUGGCCGAGGGAUGAAUUUGGAUUAUGGUUCAGUUGGAUCGUGAUUUUGGAAGUGAAAUGCAUUGGAAUAUUAUUUCAGCCGCUCAUCUCCGGAAAUGUCAUAAUAAAAAGGGCUACAAAGGGAUCACAGCGUUCCUAUUUUUAGUUUGUCCGAGGAUUUUUAACGCGCUUCUGUUCCUUUUUAUGUUCCGCCGGCUGCUCCAACGUAAUUCUGAGCUUCUCAAAAUAUUGCACAUGAAAUGAAACCAUUUUUGCAGUUUAAGAUUGAAAUAAUUGACUAUUUCUCCUGAACAUGUUGUCUUACUAACUAACCUGUGGCUUUGUUUACAUCCACCUACGUUUACCAAACCGUCCAUAGAUGAUUCCUGGACUGUGUGACCUCUGAUGACCUUUGGGAAAUGUGUGACGGCUUUGUGUUGCAGAGAUCAAUAAACACUGGAGACGACAUUGUUUUGGUUUUA